AUGUUUCCAACGAUAUUACCUGUUUGCCUCCUCCUCUGCUUAUCCACCGCACAGAACAUAUCCUCCCGACAAUCACCUAGGUCCCCUCUUAACAAAAGAGCGGAAAUCGAGAUCACCGGCUUACCGGUUUGGGGAACCGAUCCCCCAGCUCCUAUUACCGACGACGAUAUAGAUCGCUAUAUCGACCAAAUCGCGGAAAUGUCGCAAUUGAUAGUAGACAAAAUUAAUCCGGAGGAUGCUAUCUUCCUCCAAUGGUUCGGUGACCCAGCGUUUUACUUUAAUGUCAUAGGUGCGUUCCUACCAUCUCUAUUCUCCUUUUUACUAACCACAAAAUAUAACAAGAUAUCUACAAUCGAAUUGCGAAAAUCAAAGAAAACAUUCAGGGUGGCAUGAAACUCAGAAUAGAAGUAACAAACAGAGACAGAAAGCGCUCGGAGAUAAAUGCCCGCGCAACAUUGGGAGAGCAACUCAAUAUGGGGAGCCGCGAAAUAACAACCGCGCUGUAUUUGACUGAAUUAGAAAUCCCUACUAUAAGACUUUACAAUGCUUGGAAGACUACUCCCUCUUUCUUAGAAGUAGGUUUAGUUGUUGGGGGUGCAGAUAUGAAAUAUCUUGAUAAGAUCAAUUAUUCUAGACAGGGUAUUCUUUUUCACGAAUUGGCUCAUCUUGUUGGAGAUAGCAAACGUUUUGCCCCUGUUAUGCCGGGAGGACAUACUAUGGGUAAGUUUUAAUCAGUGGUAAAUCCUAGGGGGGUAUGCUAAUAUAUAGUAGAUAUGUUUGAUUUUAGUAGUAUUGUAGAUACACGACCUUAUGGUGCCACUCGUGGUAACGCUCAGGAUAUAGUAUACUUAGCAUCCACCCUGUUAUAAAUCUUUUUUUUCAAAAAAAGAAUAUAUAAACUAACAUCCUGUUACAGAAUUUUCUGAAAACAGCUUUCAGAGAACCCUCGGAUACCAUGUUGAAGGAAAUGGGGGCAUAUGACCCGAAAUACUGCCUUCCAUUACCUCAACUAACAGACGGUCCAUUAUAUGCUGUUAGUAUCUUUCAAUUCGCCUCGAAACUCGCUACUAAGAAACUAACUUGGACAUUUUCUAUAGAUACAUAAUGCCGAUACCUACAGUAAUUUCGCCUUUGGUAAGCCUAACACUCACUGUUCUACUACAGACCAAAUCCUCCCUGAUAAGUAUACUAAUUCAAACCAAGCUGUUUUUACAGGUUGGAAUAGAGACCAAGCUAUUCGACCUACAUAUGGGAACUUGGGUGCUAUAUAUAAAAACGCAAUCGGGGGAGAUCCGCUUUCUAAUAUCAAGCCGCCUUUCCGUAAUAUGGGACGCGAUUCGGAUAUAGUAUUUGAAUGGUGGAGGGCGCUGAAGAGGAAACUGCCGCGGUAG